UUAUCUUGCUGGGGAGGGAACUCGAAAGCAAAAAAGCAAACAACUUCUUCGAGUAGAAGUAGACUCAUGAAGACUUACUUUAAUAGGAUUGUGCUUGCCACUUUACUUCUGCUUUAAGAUUCCUCGGCAACCCAGAAACACAAACACAGGAGGGAAGACACUUCAAGAGUUGUCGUUAUUGUGGUUGAGUUAGAUCGUUAAUAAAAAUGGAGCAAGGCAUGCAGCUGAUUGAUGGAAAUGGCAAGUUCAACGUGGAUGGACUCAAAGACUUCAUGACAGCCACCGAGUUCGCGCAGUCCGGUCUCUCCUAUGCUAUUGUUGCCAUCAUUGGCUCACAGAGUAGCGGGAAAAGUACCCUAAUGAAUCAGACCUUCCAUACCAAUUUCGAGGAGAUGAAUGCAUACAGUGGAAGAGGCCAAACAACCAAGGGCAUUUGGAUUGCAAAGUGUAGUGAUAUUGACCCUUUUACGAUUGCCAUGGAUUUCGAGGGAACCGACAGCAAUCAAAGAGGCGAGGAUGACACAGCGUUUGAGAAACAAAGCACCCUAUUUGCCUUGGCAAUCGCUGACGUUGUUUUGAUAAACAUGUGGUACAAAGACAUUGGUCUGGAAAAUGCAGCCAGCAGACCCCUUUUAAAAACAGUUUUCCAGGUCAUGAAGCGUUUAUUCAAGCCCCGCAAAAAAACACUACUGUUCGUUCUACGUGAUCACUCAAAGACUCCACUUGAAUAUUUAGAGACUGCUCUCUUAGAAGAUAUUGAGAAGAUUUGGGUUGCAGUUGCUGAGCCUGAGACUCUCAGUAGUGCUCCUCUCAGAGAGUUUUUUAAUGUGGAGAUCACUGCUUUGCCUUACUAUGAAUUCCAAAAGGAGAAAUUUAAAGAGCAGGUUGCUCAACUGAGGCAGCGGUUUGUCCAUUCCAUUUAUCCAGGACGUCUUGUUGGUGACAGGCAGGAAGUUGAACCUGCCUCAGUGUUUCCUCUUCGUGCAGAAGAGAUUUGGAAAAUAAUAAAAGAAAACAAGGAUUUAGAUCUUCCUGCUGUCAAGGUCAUGGUUGCCACUGUUCGAUGUGAAGAGAUUGCUGAUGAGAAGAUCAAAUGCUUUACAUUCGAUGAGGAUUGGUUGCAAAUAAAGGAAGCUGUUCAAGCUGGUCCAGUAUCAGGGUUUGGAGGAGCUGUCAGUUCUAUUUUGGAAACCUAUCUUUCAGAAUAUGACAGGGAGGUAGUCUAUUUUGAUCAAGAAGUACGAAAUGAAAAACGGCGACAGUUGUUGUCAAAUGCGUUGAUGGUGAUACGCGAUGCCUAUGAUACCAUGCUGAUGCAUUUGUAUUCGAACACAGUUAAAAGUUUUAAAACUAGGCUGGAACAGUCACAGAAUGAAGGACAAGAAUAUGUUGUUGAUAUUCAUCUCUAUUCCCAAUCUUGCAUGGUCGAGUUUGAUCAAGGAUGUGAAGAUGCUGCCAUUCAACAGAGUGAGUGGAAUGCUUCAAAAUUCCGCGAAAAACUUAUUUGUGAUAUGUUGUCAGAAAUGAUGGCAAAGUACAAGAAACAAAUAACGCAUGCGCUUGCCAAAAGAGUAGAAUCCUUGUUGGAAUCUGGUGAAAGAGAUACAUGGGCAUCAAUAGGAAAUCUUUUUGAGUGCAACACUGAGGCUGCUGUAUCAGAGUUUUCAGAUGUUGUUGUUAGCUUCAAUUUGAACAGUUCUGAAAUCGACACUAAAUCGAAACAUUUGAGGGAGCAUGCCAGAAAUAUAUUGGAGACGAAGGCAAGAGAAGCAGCAGAUGCAUGGAGAGUUCUGAUGCGCAUGAAGGAUAGGUUUUCAAAGGACUUCAAUCAUGAUGAAAACUCAACUUCAUGGUAUAAUUUGACUCCGGAAAGAAACCUCGAUGAAAUUGAAAGGGACGCUCUCUCUGCGUCUUUGAGAAUACUAUCAAUCAUUGCGGCCAUCCGCUUCGAUGGAAUGCCUGAUCAGAUUGAGAAGGUACUCUAUUCCUCUCUUAUGGAUAGAAUUGUUCCUGAUCCAUCUUUGCAAAAUACGUUCAUGGGAGCUACACUGGACCCCCUUGCCUCAGACACAUGGGAAGAGGUUUCUCCAGAAGCUACCACUCUACUUAAACCAGAGGACUGCAAAUCAUUGUGGAUGAAUUUCAUAGAAGAGAUAGAGCCUAUGGUGACCGGAGCUAGAUCCCGCCAGGAUGGUCGCAGGAGAACUCGAAGCUAUGCUGCGGCUGCGGCUGCGGGGGUGGGGGUGGGGGUUGUGGUGGCGGGGCCUGUUGCAGUGGUAAAUGCAGCGAUGAUCUUCUUGAGAGCGUGGAGGUGGGGACAACAGUUAUAAUGACAAAUCCACACUUGGAUAGUUUAUAUUUGUGUGUCCAACGAUCCAUGCAACAUGUUAUGGUGAAACUUAUGAAAGAAGUUUGUUUGUAAUUUGAUAAGCGGUACUGGUAAAAAUAUCAUCAGUUUCUACAAAUGGUAAUCAACAAUGAUAAAAAUAUUUUUAGUUUCCACAAA